CCGUUGGGAACGGGCAACGUAACACCAGCUCUUUUGCGCCAUAUCGUCGCCAUGUCGGACAUGAAAAAGAUGUUUUGCCAUAUUCAGUUUUGUUCGAUGUCAUAGUAGAACGGCGAUGAUGCUGGAAGACAUACACAAUCAUUCAGAAUCCCCAAAUAUGGACCCUAUGAUCCUUGGCAAAUACCGCCUUUCCGAGGUUAUUUGUGUGUUACAGCAUGGAUUUCCAUUCUACGGCACCAAGAAAGAAGCAUAUCAUUACCAAAUUAUGACACUCCUUAACGUGUAACGGGAUUUGAUUUCCAAAAAGUCCAGCAGUAAGCGAAUAUAAAUACAAGGUCAACAAACCUGUAAAAUGUUCUUCACGCUGGUUCUCUAACUAAACACUCUUCCAUAACAAAACAUGAAGUUCUCUCUUGCUGUUACUGCCUUUGUGGCCAUCGCUUGCGCUCAGAUCACAUCUGCCUGCGAGGAGAAGAAGUGUGGUGAGAAUGACAGUUCUUGCAUUGACGCCUGCGUCAGUCAUAUCAACUCUUGUAUCAGUGACUGUGGUGGUGGCCAGUCUUGCUAUGACCAGUGUGUCACUGAAUGGACUCCCACUAUCACUGCCUCGGACGGUUCCACUGUGUCUACUACCGAUGCUCUCGGAACAGCCACCGCCGACAUCUCUGGCGCCUCUUCCUACGCUGCCGCCAUGUCUACCGCCACUGAUUCCAUGGCUACUGACUCCAUGGCCACCGCUUCUGUCCCCACUGGUUCCAUGAAUACUGCUAUGGGUUCUUCUUCUGCUGUCCCUACCCCUACUGAUUCCCUUCUCUCGGCUUCUGCUUCUUUGGCUACUGCUUUCUCUUCUGCUACCUCUGCUCUUAGCUCUCAAUUCUCAGUCAGUCUUCAAAGCGCAGCUAGCAGUGUCGCUGCCGCAGCCUCCUCUGCCGCUUCAUCUUCAUCCUCUGCGUCAUCCGAUGCCGUGAACUCCGCUGUAUUCUCCGCCAAGGUCAUCUUCACUGUGUGUGCAGUGGCCGUCGCUGCAGUAGCUCUCUAGAGAACCCUGUUUAGCCCCAUCAUUUCAUCAGCAAAAUUUUUUUCUUCUCUUUGUUAAUUAUUUCCUACCUUCUAAGUAUAAAUUUUAAAGCGAUGAAGAGCCAUGAUGCAAGCUAGUUCCCUGGGACAUAAGUUUGCGUCGGUUUUGAACAAUAAUAAAUGACUCGUUCAAAGCAAAUAUCAUUGAAAACCCUAA